GGAAGGUGGAAGUUGUGUGAGCUGCGUGUCCUGAAGACAGUCUGCUCCCAGAAAGGAGACUUCCCCAGAGUCCUGACUGGCUUCGUAGGGAGCAGUUCCAGAGCAUCGUCCAGGAACUCCAUGACAAGAGGGGGCUCAAGGCUAGGGGUUGGGGUAUGGGAGAGGGCUUUGGGUGAUGCUUACCCAUUGGGGGCUCCCCGGAAGUGGUAACAGGUCCCUCCCUCGUCUCCUAGCUCCACACGCUGCCUUCACCUGCAGGCACCGCCUCCGCAUAUCCCAUAGGCUGCAGUUCCCAGCCAAUGGGACCUACGGGGCUGGCAGUUCAUGGAGCUAGAAGCUUAGGGAGGGACAUGUCCUGCGGCAGAGGAACACUUUGAAUAGUGGGGGUAGUGAAAGCCAGUCCCCUUGCCUGUGUCUGUCCCCCCCAGCUGGCAGCCAGGGUGCGGGGGGGAGGGCGGGGUGAAGGACUGGGACCUGGAGGGCACAAUGGGCUGGGACCCAGCGGGUGCGGUGGGCCAGCUCCCAGGCGCGGGAGGCUGACAGCGGAGCCCCGGUUAAAACCUGCAUCACCUGCACCCCUAAUUUCUGCGCUUAUGGACAUGUUGUGAGAAGCCAGGUAGGGAACCUGCCAGCCCCGCCAACCCCUGCCCUCCCCCGUACCAGUGGGGGUCAGAGGCUGCUCCCACCAGAGCACCUACCCCAGAACACUGUCCCCCCAGCACCCGUGGUGCCCUCUGGGCCGCCCCCCCCAGCACCCGCAGCCCCUCCAGAAGCACCUGCGGCACUCCCAAGAGUUAGUCAGGGGUACAGUACAAGUCAUGGACAGGUCACAGGCUGAGAAGUUUUGUUUACAGCCUGUGACCUGUCCCUGAGUUUUACUAAAAAUACCCAUGACUCUAAGGGAGUCUUACCCAUUAUAUUAGCGCCCGGGAGUUAAUUGAGCUUCCUGGGUCAGCUGAUGCUGCCUCCUGCAUUGUGAUCUGGAGCCCAGACUGAGCAGCUGCUGCUCCCACAGUGGGGUCUGUGCCAGGGAGAGACCUUCAUUAAUCCCCCUCUGAGUCCAACCCGGGGGGACUUUCCCCAUGCCUGGAACCAGCCCCUCAGCUGGAGCCUGCAGGGAAUGGGGAGAGACCCGGGGGAAAGGGCUGGGGCCAGGCAGGAAAGUGACUCUGCACAAAGGGCCCCUUUCAGUGAGUUUGCUGGUGAGUUUGUACCGAAUGGGGAGGGGGCUCCCUGUGUGUCUGCGGGUCUCAGAGCUGCUGCCCUCAGUGACACAGCCAGGCUCACGCUGGAAAGUGAGCACCCAUGGGAACAGGACAGUCCCCAGUUCCCCCAGCAGAGGGGAGAGGGAAGGAGACAGGAAGGGGAAUGGUGAGACCGAAAGGGGCAGCAGGAGCAAGAAGUGGGGAGGGAGGAUCCCAGCUCCCAGACCUGCCCGUAUCCAUUCCCUGCAUCACCCCUGGUCAGCCGGACUCUCCUGGGAAUAAGGGGAGGAGCUGACAGAGCAAAAGCCUGUUCUUGCCAUGGACGAGUCCCUGCGCUGCUGGGGGGACGUGCUGUCCUCGGGUCCAAUGUUGGGGAAUCUCCCAAAGUGGCUCCUUUGAUUCUGCUCUUUUCCAGCAUUUCUUUCAGAGACUCUGUCCGUGGGAGGGUCAAAAGUGUCCCAGGGGUUCAGUGCUGGUGGAAGGGGCCGGAUCUGUGUUGUAAUAAAGUGAUUGAGGGCUUUCCCAGCGUGGCAGAGUCCAGAGCGUCUGCCUGCAGGGAGGGAGCCUGGGGGGAAUCGGGGUGUGAAAUGGACUCAAGCCCCUUUUGAAACCUCCCCCGUCACCCCUCUCUCCCUGACAGGCUGAAGAAUCACAUCUGCAUUUCGCUCCAGAUCGUCCUGUCUUCCAGGGGACAGGGACAGGAAAUGGCUGUGAUGGAGCCAGCUCAGAUGCCGGUGACCUUCGAGGAGGUGGCUGUGUAUUUCACCCAGGGACAGGGGGCUCUGCUGUACCCCAGUCAGAGAGCCCUCUACAGGGACGUCAUGCAGGAGAACUACGAGAUGGUGACCUCACUGGGAUUUCCCAUUCCCAAACCUGAGCUGAUCGCCCGGCUGGAACGAGGGGAAGAGCUGUGGGUCCCGGAUCUCCAGGCCGCCAAGGAAAGGGAGAGCCCGAGAGGUACCCGCAAAGCAGGUGGUGAGAGAGUGAGUGUGAAUGAGGAGGACAAUCAACAGCAGGAAGUUCUUGGGGAAGUGGAACUAUGGGGGACCUUUUUGAGAAGAGCUGAAGGGAAUUUUUCCCAGUGCUUGGAACAGGAAGAAGCCUGGGGAAAUCGGGGCAGGUCAGAAAAACAGCUGGGAAAAGUGACAAAAGUGGAUGAAUCCAUUGAUUGUGGGGCAGGAUACAAGGAUCCCGAGGAAACCACAGACCAGCGGACAAGUCACAAUAAAGAGAAACCCUAUAAAUGCCCCAAUAUUGCGAAUAGAUCUCAUAUGACUACAAACCUUAUUUCUCGUUGGAGAAACCAUGCCGGAGAGAGACCCUAUAAAUGUCUUGAUUGUGGGAAAUGUUUCAAUCAGAAGUCAACACUUGUUAGGCAUCAGACAGUCCACACAGGAGAAAAACUUCAUAAAUGCGCAGACUGUGGGAAAAGCUUCAAUAGAUGUUCAUACCUAGCAAUACAUCAGAGAAUCCAUACGGGAUUCAGACCCUAUAAAUGCCUUGAAUGUGGGAAGUGUUUCAGUUGGAAGUCAAGCCUUAUUACACAUCAGAGAACCCAUACAGGAGAGAAGCCCCAUAAAUGCUUGGACUGUGGGAAAAGUUUCAUGCACAGAUCUGACCUUAUUAGACAUCAGAAAACCCACACAAGAGAGAAACCCCAUAAGUGCUUGGACUGUGGGAAAACGUUCACACAGAGAUCAACCCUUGUUGCACAUCAGAGAAUCCACACCGGAGAGAAACCCUUUAAAUGUUUGGACUGUGGGAAAUGCUUCAGCCAGAGUUCAUAUCUUACAUCACAUCAGCAAAUCCACACAGGAGAGAGAACCUAUAAAUGCCUCGACUGUGGGAAAUGUUUCAAUUGGCAGUCAUCAUUUAUUACACAUCAGAAGAUCCAUAGAGGAGAGAAACCCCAUAAAUGUUUGGACUGUGGGAAAAGCUUCAGUAGCAGCUCAGACCUCGCUAAACAUCACAGAACCCACACGGGAGAGAGACCCUACAAAUGCUUGAACUGUGGGAAAAGUUUCAAUAACAACUCAAACCUUCGUAAACAUGGGAAAAUCCACUCUGGUGAGAGACCUUAUAAAUGCUUCGAUUGUGGGAAAUGUUUCAUUUGGAAAUCAAACCUUACCAGGCAUCAAGGAACUCACACAAGACACAGAUCCCAUACCUGCUUGGAAUGUGGGGAAAGUUUCAUCCAGAGAUUGGACCUUACCCAACAUCAGACAAUGCACAAGAGACAGGAAACAUAAAUGCUUGGAUUGUGGAAAAAGUUACAUUAAGAGAGCAGACCAUAUAACACAUCAGAGAACCCACACAGGAGAAAAUCCCCAUACAUGCUUGGACUAUCUAGGGCCACUCACCCAUGUGGCUUCUCCAAUGUUCAGUAAGGUUUGAGCUCUAACUGAAGCUUUUUCAGUAAGAGCUCAAACCUUACUGAGCAUCGAAGAAGCCACAUGGGUGAGCGGCCCUAAAAAUAGCUUGACUGCAGGAAAAGAUUCAGUCUGACUUUACACUUCAGUGACCCACACAACAGAGACCUUGAAUGUGGGGGAAGGUUCAUUUGGUGCUCCCGGAGUGUCAGGCAUCUGCAAACUCACACAGGGAAGAAACCUCUGAGAUGUUCUCAGUGUGGAAAAUGUUCCAAGUGGAGCUAACACCAUAUUGAACAUCAGAGACUCCUCCACACAGCAGGACCCAGCUGCCCAUCGCUGGGGUGAAGAUCCAGCAGCAGCCGAGCAGCAGCUGGUCAGUGACCCUCUGGCUCUGCCUGGUCUAAGCAGACCCCAGGCAGAGGAGAAGCCCUCAUCAGCCCCUCCUCCCUGCUGCAGCCCUGGCUGCUGAGCUGAUGGGGCACAGGUAGGGGAAGGGAGAGAGAAAAACUCCUCCAGCUGCUCCCUCUGCCUGGCUGAAGUCCCCCUUCCCCCAUCUCUUUUCCCCUCCCAGUCGGGAUCCCCCUGCCAUGGAGAUGAGAAGAAGGACACUUGGGUCAGGCCCCACCUUCACUCUAGAACCCUGUCUCCACCCCCCAUCUUCCACCACCCCCUGGGCUGGGCUCCCCCACUGACGUGGAGCUGUUCUUUGCAGGGGGAGGGUCCCUGGGGGCUGGUAACCCCUUCCCUCCCCAAAUGCCCCAGGGUGCUGGGCUCUGGGGGAUCUAAUAUUUAGGGACUAGGCCGAUGGGUUAUGGGGAGGACACUGGGGAUUGACUGGUUGGGGCUGGUGGAGCUGGGAAGCAGGGGGAGCUGGGUGCUGGGGCUAUUGAGUGUUUGGGGAUCAUGGGAUAAGAGGCGAGGGAGAGCACAGGGUUAGAAAGGUGCUGCCUCUCCUCACUCACCCCCUCUGCCCCUACUCCCUCUCGUCUGCAUUCAGACAGCACCACUGAGAGGGGCUAAUUCCCACAGGGCCUUUUGUUGGAAUCUUGGAUUUCCCACCUCUGCCUCGCAGCGUCAGCGUCCAAGGGCCUGUCUAUGUUUGGGAUUAACUAGCACAUCUCUGAAACUCGACCAGAUUGCCUAGUCCAGACUGACCCUGACCAUUGAAUUUAUUCUGAUUUGGUGACAGUCUGUUCCCCUAUGUUCACCUCUUUUACAAGA